CAGAGGGCAGCGCCGCUCCAGGGCGCGCUGGGCGCCUGUGACCGCUAUGGUAAACUCCAGCCGCGUGCAACCGCAGCCGCCGGGGGACGCGAGGCGCUCGCCCGCACCGCGAGCGUCCGGCCCCGGGCGGCUGACGGCGGUGGGCGCCGGCUUGGCAGUCCCGGGCGGCCUCCGGGAGCAGCGGGGCCUGGAGAUCGAGAUGGAGCGCAUCCGGCAGGCGGCCGCGCGGGACCCCCCGGCCGGAGCCUCGGCCUCCCCUUCCCCUCCGCUCUCGUCCUGCUCCAGGCAGGCGUGGAGCCGCGAUAACCCGGGUUUCGAGGCCGAGGAGGAGGACGACGACGACGAAGUGGAAGGAGAAGAAGGAGGGAUGGUGGUGGAGAUGGACGUGGAGUGGCGCCCGGGCAGCCGGAGGUCGGCCUCCUCCACGGCUGUGAGCUCGGCGGGCGCCCGCGGCCGGGGGCUGGGGAGCUACCGCGGCACCGGCCACCCGAGCGGGAGGCGGCCCCGGCUCGAGGACCAGGGCGCGCCUUGUCCCAGCCCCGCCGGCGGCGGGGACCCGCUGCAUCGCCACCUCCCGCUCGACGGACAGCCACCCCGAGUGGCCUGGGCCGAGAGGCUGGUGCGCGGACUGCGAGGUCUCUGGGGAACACGGCUCAUGGAAGAGAGCAGCACUAGCCGAGAGAAGUACCUUAAAAGCGUGUUACGGGAGCUGGUCACGUACCUUGUUUUCCUCAUCGUCUUGUGCAUCCUGACCUACGGAAUGAUGAGUCCCAGCGCAUUCUACUACACCAGGACAUUGUCACAGCUUUUCAUAGACGCCCCAGUAUCGAAGACAGAGAAAACCAGCUUUAAAACUCUUUCUUCCAUGGAGGACUUCUGGAAGUUCACAGAAGGCUCCCUCCUGGAUGGGCUGUACUGGAAGGCACAGAACAGUAACCAUACGCAAGCUGACAACCGAAGCUUUAUUUUCUAUGAGAACCUGCUGCUAGGAGUGCCACGUCUACGCCAACUCAAAGUCAGAAAUGGGUCCUGCUCCAUCCCUCAGGACUUGAGAGAUGAAAUUAAAGAGUGUUAUGAUGUCUACUCUGUCAGUAGUGAGGACAGGGCUCCAUUUGGACCACGAAAUGGAACUGCGUGGAUCUACACGAGUGAAAAAGACUUGAAUGGGAGCAGCCACUGGGGAAUCAUUGCAACCUACAGCGGAGCCGGCUACUACCUGGAUCUCUCCAGAACCAGGGAGGAGACGGCUGCUCAGAUCGCUGGCCUCAGGAGGAACUUCUGGCUGGACCGGGGCACCCGGGCAACUUUCAUUGACUUUUCAGUCUACAACGCCAACAUUAACCUGUUCUGUGUGGUGAGGUUAUUGGUUGAAUUCCCAGCAACGGGUGGUGUGGUGCCCUCUUGGCAGUUUCAGCCUGUAAAGCUGAUCCGCUACGUCACAGCUUUUGAUUUCUUCCUGGCAGCCUGCGAGAUUAUCUUCUGUUUCUUCAUUCUUUACUAUGUGGUGGAAGAGAUACUGGAAAUUCGGAUUCACAGACUACACUAUUUCAGGAGCUUCUGGAAUUGUCUGGAUGUUGUGAUUGCUGUGUUAUCUGUAGUGGCUGUGGCAAUUAACAUUUACCGAGCCUCAAGUGUAGAGGGGUUACUACAGUUUCUUGAAGAGCAAAAUACUUUCCCCAACUUGGAGCAUGUGGCGUACUGGCAAAUACAGUUCAACAAUAUAGCUGCUGUCAUGGUAUUUUUGGUCUGGAUUAAGCUCUUCAAGUUCAUCGCCUUUAACAGGACCAUGAGCCAGCUCUCCACAACCAUGUCUAGAUGCGCCAAAGACCUCUGCGGUUUCACCAUUAUGUUCCUCAUUAUUUUCCUGGCUUAUGCUCAGCUGGCGUACCUUGUCUUUGGCACACAGGUCGAUGACUUCAGCACCUUCCAAGAAUGCAUCUUCACUCAGUUCCGUGUCAUUUUGGGUGACAUCAACUUCGCAGAGAUGGAGGAAGCUAACCGAGUUUUGGGACCACUUUAUUUCACCACAUUUGUGUUCUUUAUGUUCUUCAUUCUUUUGAAUAUGUUUUUGGCCAUCAUCAAUGACACUUACUCUGAAGUGAAAUCGGAUCUGGCCCAGCAGAAAGCAGAAAUGGAACUCUCAGACCUCAUCAGAAAGGGUUACCAAAAAGCAUUGGUCAAGCUAAAACUUAAGAGAAACGCUAUAGACGACAUUUCGGAGAGUCUACGGCAAGGCGGGGGCAAGCUGAACUUCCAUGAGCUGCGACAGGACCUGAAAGGGAAGGGCCACACCGAUGCGGAGAUCGAGGCCAUAUUCACGAAAUAUGACCAAGAUGGCGACCAGGAACUGACUGAACGGGAGCACCAACAGAUGAGAGACGACUUAGAGAAGGAGCGGGAGGACCUGGACUUGGAACAUAGCUCUUUGCCACGUCCCAUGAGCAGCAGAAGUUUCCCGAGAAGCCUGGAUGACUCUGAGGAGGAGGACGAUGAAGACAGUGGGCACAGCUCCAGGCGGAGGGGAAGCGUCUCCAGCGGGGUCUCCUAUGAAGAGUUCCAGGUGCUGGUGAGGCGCGUGGACCGCAUGGAGCAUUCCAUUGGCAGCAUCGUGUCCAAGAUUGAUGCCGUCAUCGUCAAGCUGGAGAUCAUGGAGCGGGCCAAGCUGAAGAGACGGGAGGUGCUAGGAAGGCUGCUGGACGGAGUGGCUGAGGAUGCAAGGCUGGGUCGAGACAGUGAGGCGCACAGGGAGCAGAUGGAGCGCCUGGUACGGGAAGAGCUGGAGCGCUGGGAGUCGGAUGAUGCAGGAUCCCAGGCAGGUCAUGGCCUAGGCACACAAGUGGGCAUCAGUGGCCAAGCUCACCUCAGAAACUCCAGGCCUCCUUCCUCCCAGUCUGCAGAGGGCCUGGAAGGUGGAGGUGAAAACGGAAGUGCUGCUGCCCACGAGUUAUGAUCCCUGCGUGUUCAUAUGCGUGCUCCUGAGACACAGGUGGCUGUCCAGUAUGGCAGUGACAGUUACAGUAUUUAUAUGCCCCAGCUGCAGUAUGAUGCUGGUCUUUGGGACCGACUGUUAUAAUUGUCUGCACUUUAAUUUAUUUUACAUAAACCUUACCCGUGAGAAAUCUAGAUGUAAAUAUUGAGUUCAGGAAAAAGAAAAUCUUGAAAAGUACACCCAGUUGCUGCCCUGCCCAGGUCUUGGGUGACAGUGUUUAAAAGUUAGGAGGGGACCGUCACUGUGCUCUGAUCCCAUGGAGCCGCAGCAGCAGUCGGUGGUGGCAGCCCCAUGCCAUGUGGUGAAGAAGGGCCAGGCAUUUCUCUCCGCUGAGGUGAAACUCUGGGCUUUCUUCUGAGAAAGGAGUCAUAGUUCCAUGACCUUUCUGGAGUGCAGGGCAUGGGUGUGGAG